UUUGAAAAAUUUAGUACACAUAAGAACCGAGACCGGUUUCAUCGUGAUUUAUUAAUUUACAAAUUUGUAAAAAAAGGCAAAUAUACCAUUACGGUGUAUGGUGAUAACUGGUGGUAGAUGGUGUUGAAAGGUGGUAAAUGAUAGUUAGUAUAUUCAUACUAUCAUAUAUACAUCCAUUCUACAAUAUGAUAUAUUCAUGCUAUCACCAUACACUUCCAUACCACCAAGAUUGGUUCAUUUAAGGUAAUUUGUGAUUCAUUUUGCAUCCGUUCAAUGACACUCUCCACUAUCAGAAUGAUAGACUUGUGAUAUCAUAAGCUCUAUUUGAUUAUUUUGAUAAACUAAUUCAUUAAUUUCUAAGACCAGCCAUAACUUAUUAAUUGCUUUGAUUGCUUAUUUAUUCUCUAACAAUAAGUCAAUAGUUAACAACUUGAUUUUUACCAUUUCACAAUAAAACAACUAACGGGUAAAUUGCAAGAUUGGUCACUGGAAGUACUAAAAAAUUCGCGUUUGGUCAUUAAAAGUAUUUUAUUCCAUUCAUGGUCACUAAAAGUAGUCUUCUGUUCAAAUUUGGUCACUCUCCGUUAGCCUCCGCUAAGUGUAGGUUUAGCUGAUGUAGCGGUCAAUUCAGAUAGUUGACCGUUAAAUAAGUGACGUGGCAAUUCAGAAAGAAUUCGACGAGCAAGCUGCACCAAAAGAGAGUUUUCCAAACUGAAAACUUGCAAAAAACGGAGGCAAUCAAAUCAAUCAAAGGAAAUCAAUGCCAAUGGUCAACAAGAAGACUAUAUAAUAAGAAGACCUCAGUCGAGCAAAUGAUAUCAGGGAAGAACACUAGUUCUUUGCGGGUUUCAAUUCAAGUUGAAAAGGCAGUGUCGACCGUUGCCCCCAACGGCGUCGUUCCGAAAAGCAAACACAGAAGUUGGAGUGAUGUCGUUUCUGGCAAAGUUCCAAUUAGUCCCUGAUGUUUCUAUUUUAGUUUCUUUCCGUUUUGGCUAUGUACUUGCUUAAGACACAAGUAUUGUCUACUUCCCCAAUCUGUCUGUAUGUUGAACAAGCCAGCUAUAUAAGCUGAAGAUCAAUGAAACAAACUAAGCUAUUUUCUCUCCAACCCUAAAAGGUUGACAUGGUAUCAGAGCCUCAAUCCUAGCCGCCACCACCAACAACAAUGGCUGCUGCAACACAAUCUGUAGCAACAACUGAAGCAUCACCACCCACCCCUUCCAAUGUCGACCCAAUGUCUGACCCCUUCUACCUCCAUGGAUCUGAGCAACCUGGCCUCCAGCUCGUUGUAGAAAAGCUCAACCCCACCAACUACAACGACCGGAGCAAAGCCUUCCACAAUGCCCUGGGUGCAAAGAACAAACUGGGGUUUGUAGAUGGCUCCAUUCCAGAUCCAGGACAAGGACAUGCCACAGCAUGGGCAUGGAUCAGAAACAACAUCAUGGUCCUUUCCUGGAUCCAGCAAGGUGUUGAUCCUGGCAUACGAAAGACAAUCAUGUCCUGCAAGACAACCAUGGAAGCUUGGAGAAGCCUGCGUGACAGGUAGGGAUGUCAAUUCAAUCCGUAACCAUGGGUACCCAACCCGAACGUAACCGGUCAACGAGGGUAAUUACCCGCUUUGAUGGGUUAAGGGGCGGGUACGGGUAAUACCCGAUUUCAAAAUAAAGGGUAGGGUAUGGGUAUGGUAAUCGAUAAUACCCGCCCCGUUAUACCCGCCCCGCUAACCAAAGGGUCAAUUUCCCUUGAGAAAUUUAGUUUAGCUUGAGAAAUUGAGUUUAGCUACUAUUAUUGAUGAUGAAGAUGUGGACGAUUAUUAUGUUUGUGUGGAUUGUAGAAGCAAGAACAAUUAUUAUGUGUUUGCUGUUUUUAUUUGUGUGGAUUGUUGAAGCUAGAACAGUUUCAAGUAUUGAGAAAUUUUAAUGGACAACAAUAUGUAUGUGCAUAUAUGUGUAUAAUUUCAUAGUUUAGGAUUCGUACCCAUGGUUACCCGAAUACCCGUGGUUACCCGGUGGGUAGGGUAUGGUUAUAUAAUUUUCAUACCCAAUGGUUAUAUGAUCGGAUAUUUUAGAAGGCUCUACCCUGCGGGUUAGGAGUUGGUAUAGGGUAAACCCGCACCCGGCCCUACCCGUUGCCAUCCCUAGUGAUAGGUAUGGCCAAGGUGACAUGGUCAGAAUUGCUGAAAUCAUUGAGUCCAUCUGCAACCUGAAAAAAGGCCAAGGUGACAUGGUCAGAAUUGCUGAAAUCAUUGAGUCCAUCUGCAACCUGAAAUAAUGUAACCUAUCUGUCACUGAGUAUUAUGGAAAUCUCAUAGCUCUAAGGGAUGAACUUGACAACUACCAGCCCAUAGAGCCUUGUGCGUGCUCUACAAACAGCCACAACACUUGUAGAACUAUGCAACUGGUUCUAAGGUACAGAGACACAAACUAUGUUAUCCAAUUCCUACGAGACCUGAAUGACAACUUCACAAAUGUAAGGUCACAGGUUCUGUUUGGUGAGGCUUUACCACCCAUUGAUCGUGUUUUUCAACGCAUGUUGCAACACGAGGGACAACUUUCUGGUUCCCAGACAGGGAAAACUCUAUACUGCUGAAGGCAUGGCUUUUGCUGCUCAAGGAAACCCAAACUAUCUUGGCAGAAAACCCAGAUCCUACUGCACCUUUUGCAAGUUCACAGGACAUACAGAGGAUACCUGCUACCACAAGCAUGGCUGGCCUCCUGGUAUAAGCAACUCAAAAGCACUAGCUCCUCCAAGCAGGCUAUUGGAAUUCACACACUGCAAAAAACAAGGCCACAUUGAGGACAAAUGCUUCCAGAAGCAUGGCUAUCCUUAAAGGCCUGGCUAAAGGGCAAGGUAUCUGUUAAUGCCACAAGCACAAGCACAUACAAUGAUGAAGUCAGAUUAACUAAGGCUGAAUAUGAAAAAUUCCUCCACAUCAUGAUGGAAAAGGAAAUGGUAAGGUCCAGCCAAGUUUGGGCCCUUCUUUCUCUGCUGCUACACGGACUACUACUAAUCCCAACACCUCAGGUAAAUUUACCUUAGCUGCUUUUUUCAUGAUUCCUCUGAUCAGCUUGCUUGGAUACUUGACACUGGUGCUUCAGAUCACAAUGUGUGUUCUCUGAAAUACCUGGUUCAGCCUAGAAGGAUCCCCAACAUUCCCAUAACCCUACCUACAGGCUACAGGUGCUUCAGAUCACAUUGUGAUGUCAUUUCUUUCACAAUAUUUCUCUAGAUAAAACAACGUUGUUGUU